AUGGGCGAGAGCGCUGAUGCGAAGUCGUCGGGAGUACCAGUAGCAGAGCUGGGAAUCGAACAAAUCAACGCGUUGAGGACACAAGUCGAGCAGGAAUUGAAUUUCUUCCAAGAAUCGGCAAGUCAGUUGAAAGUUUUGAUCCAGAAAACUGAACAAAGUAUUCUGUCAAUGGAUGUGUUGAAAGCCGCAAAACCUGGUCAUACGGCGCUUGUUCCCCUUUCCGAAUCGAUGUACAUACGCGCCGAAGUAGAUGAUCCAUCUCGAAUGUUAAUUGAGAUGGGGACCGGAUAUUUUGCUGAAGUUAGUCGCGAGAAAGCUGGCGAGUUUUUCGAACGCAAGAAGAAGUACAUUACUAAACAGAUUGAAACUAUCGAGAAGAUUAUACUGGAUAAGAAGCGUACACGGAACGUCAUAGCGGAGACACUCCAAUCCAAGAUUCAGGCUCAGCUUGCUCAGAUGCCAGCACCUAACACAAGAUGUCAAUUGUUCCUUAGCCAACGUUUUCAUCGCCUGGACGGUCGCACAUUGAAUGAUUUUCGUCAAGUUAAGCUUGUUGUUGGUUCUGAUUUUGGAACGGCUUUGUGUACUAUGGGAGACACCAAAGUGCUAUGCGUUGUGAGUAUCUCAUUGGCAGAACCAAGGACUGCUCGGCCGAGUAAAGGCCUAGUCACAGUCGACGUAGAUAUGAGUCCAAUGAGUAAUCCAGCAAAUGAACAUAAUCGCUUGGGUGAACGUGGUUUGGAAUUGACCCGAAUGCUCGAAUUGGUGCUUAGAGACUCUCGUUGCAUUGAUGUUGAGUCGCUUUGUGUAAGAUCACAUAAGGAAGUGUGGAAGCUAAAAGUAGAUGUACGUAUUCUGGAUGACGAUGGUUCGUUGUUGGACUGUGCCUCAAUCGCUGCCGUCACUGCUCUCUAUCACUUUCGCCGUCCAAACGUCACUGUUCGUCCUAAUCACACCUUAAUUCAUUCUGAGUACGAACAAGCGUUCGUUCCACUCAACAUCUACCAUAUGCCAAUUUGCGUUUCUUUUGGAUUUACAAAAUGCGGGACUCACGUCGUCAUCGAUCCGACUGAUAAGGAAUCCCAGUGUCUUUAUGGAUGUUUAGUGAUUGCUUGCAACAAGCGUCGUGAGGUUUGCGCUCUUCAUCAGUCAACGACUUUGAUUUUAACUACGGCUACGAUAGAAGCAUGUGUGAAGCGUGCUAUGCAACGUGCAGUUGAUCUGUCCGAGUUAAUUUCUACAGUAAUUCUUGACGAUGUGAAGAAGCGUGCCAGUUAUCAGAAACCAGCUGGCUUUGAACUCACAGUUAAUACGCAAUUGCUUACCACCAAAGAAGCGCAGCAGAAUCCUUUGGUUGCUAAUACUAUAUACGAGUUGGAUGAGGCCACUGACGAUAAACUGGAAGACCAGCGUGAACUAGUUGAAGUUGCUGAUCUUUUGAAUGAUCUAGACGACCUAGACGGUGAAACCAUGGAGCUCAAUUUAGUGCAUGAAACGAAAACUGAAGAAAUUGAUUUGACGAAAGCGAGGAAGAAAAUGGUUCAAAAAUGA